GAGGAGAAGGUGGGAGGGGAAGGCCGACAGACGUGGUCGUGCCAGUGAGCUCCCUGCUGCCAACCGCGCAGUUCGUCGAGCGUGUGCGCUGGUACUUGAGGCGAGAUGGCAGUGGGUGUCGUCUGGAGGACAGCCAUAGUGUGCGCUCUCGUCCUGUGCACACUUAACCAACACUGCAUGGCCAAGGUUCCAUUCAAGGUGAGGUGCUCCGACGAAACCAUGCAAGUGGAGAUGAUGCGGCAAAGAAACUUCUCUGACAUCUACUUGGAGAACAUGAAGAACUUUCCAGACAAGGCCUGCCAUCCAGCUGUGGAGGACAGCAAGGUGACAUUCCAACUGUCCCUGACGGAUGUGUACCGCUGUGGCGUGACCAGAAUCUCCAACGCCCUCACGAACCGCAGGAUAUACUACCACAGAGUGGUGGUGGAACACAGCUCGGGACAGCCCAAAGAGGUGCUGCUGGUGAAGUGUGUGGUGGGACCCAUGAGCCAUAACCAUACAGUACUCAGGCGUAAUGUGUUGCCCGCUGGAUUCCAGGAGCCAGAAGACUUGGAGAUCACCACGACGCUGACAGAGAUGGCUCCACCACCAGUGCUGGGGGUGGGUGUGCGGCAGUCGGGGAGGCUAGUCACUGGCGAGCUAAACGUGAACCCUGGAACUCCACUGGAGAUGGAAAUAUACCUGGACAAGGAAAGUGCUCCCAUCUACGGCCUGCUUGUCAGCUACAUGCAGGUGUCGGACACUAUGUCUCAGGAGGAGACAAUCAUCUUCAAUGGGUGUUCUGUAGACCCGUACCUCUUUGAAAACUUCAACACGGUAGAUGGCGACUUCUUGGCAGCGAAGUUUCGGGCCUUCAAGUUCCCAGAGUCCAACUACGUACAGUUCAAAGGAACGGUGAACGUGUGCCUGGACAAGUGUCAAGGUGUGGAGUGCAGCAAUGGUCAGAAAGGUUUUGGACGACGCAGAAGAGAGGUGCCAAUCGUGCCUGCUGAUCCCAACAACAUAUUUGUUGUCACAAUGUCAACAUUUAUUAAGGUCGACUACAAUGAUGAUAAACUGCUAGAAAAAGGAAGGCUUGAUUCAAACCUUAUCUUGAAGCGCAGCAGUAAGAAAAACGAGACUCAUGUGACAGCCGCGAGCGAAGACAGUCUGGGCAACAUGCUGAGUGAGGAGAGGUCGGCACCAAACCAGUUUCUCAAGCUGGCCACCGAGUUCCAGGACGAGCUGCCCGAGGUCAAGAGUGAACUGCAGUACACCCUCGUCACCCAGCCGUCCAACCAUGCGCCCUCACAAGGGGGGAGGGCUGUGUCACUACUGUCGGGAGCUGCCGUCUGUCUGCUGGCACUGCUGCAGUGCCGUUGAGACUUGUCAUCGCACGUCUGGCUGCAGUACACCCUCAUCACCCGGCCAUGGCAGUGGGGGAGGGCUGCAACAUUACUGACAACUGCUACAGUAUUUCUGAGGUAUCUUUGAUGUCAACAGUGUAACACGUUUCUUUUACUUACGUUUUCCAAGAGUGAUGCAUUUUCACCCAGUUAAGUAUAAAAUAAACCAUUGUGGACAUCUGUUUGCCAACACAAAAUCAUUUUGACAAUAAGUAGCAAAUUACCCUUAACUUGUUAUGUUUUCAGUUUAAAAAAACAAACAUAAAUAUGUGUAAUUUUGGGUUUCCCCAAAAGUUAACUUAACACAGAAAGUUGUAUUUUUAAACAAGGUAUCCUUUUUAAAGUUUCUUUAAAGUGUGAGUAAUUUGCCAGAUGGUGUGUGAGCCAUGUGUACUUCUUUCUUUGUAACUGAAAGUUUGUUCCUAGUUAAUGAUGAUUUUUUUUUCAUUGGAAUAUUGCUCUUUAGUAAUGGGCUUUUAAUGAACAAUUACUUUAACUGAUUUAAUUGAAAUAUAUUUUUUUAGCACAGGUGGUAUAUUUUUGUGCCAUAGGUCCUGAUAAUUAUACUUUUACAAAUGUAAAAUUUAAUUAAUGUAACAGAGAAAGAUAAUCAAAUUUUUGUGGGCUACUAGUUUUAAGUUUGGUGUAUUACUAAUUGCCUUAAAAUAUGUAUUUUUAUUUACCAGGAAAGUAACGAUAGUUGUUAGAAAUGUGUUUAAGUAUUGCAUAAUUUAUACUUUCGCAAUAAUUUUAAACAUGCAAAAAUACUAUAUGACACCAUCGUGUGAUAAAAAAAUUUUUAUUCUACAAACCCAAAGUUGUCAAUUGUGGAUACCCAUUGUCCAGAAUUAAACAAUUAAACAUGAUGCACUUAGAUCUGUUUUGCACAAGUCCCAUUUGUAUUAUCCUACUGCUAGAGUAUAUUUAAUUCGAAUUGAACUUUGUUCAGGGUUGAAAGAUAGUCAUCAAAAGAUAGUCAUCAAAGUAUACCAAGAUUUUAAGUAUAAAUUUUUUUGCACUGAUAAAUGCAUUUUUAAAUUUCAAUAAACACUUUAUUAAUGUUUGUUAAAAUAUUAUAACUUUCAAUAAUCUUAAAUUAUAGUAAAAAUGAAUGUAAAAAUUUGUAAAUUUAAUGAUCAAUUUAUUUCACGUAUUGACAAUCUGAAAAAUUUGUGCUGAAAUUAGUGGCUUAAGUAACUGUUUUAACAACACGCUAUUAUUCAACAACAGUCUAGGCAUAACAUAUGCACAUUCAUUAUUAACGCAAGCGGAGCGAAGCACUGGUCAGGCGGCGAACUGGAUUCCGGCACAAACGUUGAUCUCUGAGCUUCAGCCUAAGAUGAGGACAACAGGCCAUAGAUUUCAGAAUUUAAAAGCGGAGUAAAGUAUGAUGUCCCAAGAAUUGUGAAAAUAACCAUUAUUGAAAUAAUGUAUCGUAAUAACAUAUUCAGAAUUUAAAUUAAAAGAUUUUUAUCCCUCCUAUAAUUAUGGGAACCGAGGGAUUUUUAUUGCAUGGAGUAUUUAUACCUGACCAUUUUAUGUCAUUUUUAUAUAAAAUCCUAUCGUAACUUUUUGUGAAUAUAAGUAAUGUGAAGGUACACAACUAUGCGAACAUUUAUGUCAUCAUCUUCACUUUAAAAUACUUGCAUGUUUCCUUCAUUCCCAUCUGAGGCCCCAGCUUUCUCCAAAAUGUAAUUAUCAUUCUACAACUUAUUACAGUUCACAUUUCCACUAUUCAAACUCGUGUUUCACCGUAUUCCUUCACAUGUUUCUAUCUGCUUAUAUAUUCCUUGACCACAACCAUGCCAAUUGUGUAUAUUAUUUUAUUCACUAUGAUAAGUUUUAUUACAAAUUUAAUUCAUUUGGCUCUUUAAUUACUAAAUGAUUUGUUUUAACUUUUAUAUUGUUGCAAGAAAUAGUACAGAAGUAAUUUUUAUACCUUAAGCUUCCCAGAAUCGUUCACAUUGCAAGUACACUGAAAAAGCUAUCUUUUUAAGAGAAUAUUAAUUGUGUGUUGUGUAACUGUUGUGGUUUUUUUCCCUACAACGCAUAUGUACAAAAUUAAGAUAAAAAGCAUAAUGAUCCCCCCCCCCCCCCUUUUUUUUUGUAACUGCUACCUAUGUCUGCUACCAAAAUUGGUGGGUGUAGGCUUUGCAUGUUUAGUAAUUGUUUACAUUAUUUCACCUUUCUGUUAGCACUAUGUUUGUUGGACUGUUGCUUAUUCAGUCUGUGGCCAAACCAACUUUGGCAAUAUAGUAUGUGAUACGGUGAGUCAGAACUAAUAACAAACUCUAUUAGCUUUAUAAUACAGUGAAACCUCGUUAAUAUUAUCCCGCUUAUUACGAAUGACUCGUUAAUAUUACCUAUUACUAUUUCCCCGUGAAAUAUGCCCAUUAAACACAAUGAAGAUUUGUUUGGUUAAUACGAAAUUCUCGUUAUUAUGUAUAGCGAACAAUAACAAUUCCCGUCCGUAUAAACAAACAGUCAUGUUUACCGUUUAAUACGAACCAAAGAUUACCACAAAGAUACGGCCCCGCCCGAGUGUCCGAAGUGUGUUUUUAACUCUAUGUUUUCAAAAUCACUCGUUCGUGUGUUCGAUAUGUUCAGAAAUCACUCGCGUUUGUACAAUAUUCGAUAUAUCGAACUUCACGUGGGAUGGUAUUUACGUUCGAUUUUGUACUUCCUUUGUAUACAUGAAUCUGUGCCGGACCAAUAAAAACAAAAUAUAUGUUACGCCUAACGUGUUUAAUAUUUGUGUACGUUGUAAUGAAAGUUUAAGUGAAUUAUCUCGUGAGAAUUUUAUUAAACUUUAGAAUUUGUACGUACACACAUAAAAAUGGAGGCAAAACGUAAACGCAAGGAAAUAGCAUUGAAGACGAAAAUUAAGAUAAUAAAUUCAGUUCGUCAGGGUGAAAAAACGAAAACAGAACUUUCUGAAGAGUUUGGUAUAUCAAAAUCAACCUUAAGUACAAUUCUAAAGCAAGCAGAUAAAAUAGAAGAAGCGGUCAGGAAAGGUAGUAAUCAAACUAAGAAAAGGAUGCGCGUCGGUAAACAUUCCGAAUUAGAGGCCAAACUGCUGGAGUGGUUUCAUCAAAUGCGCGCCGCCAGAGUUCCAAUUUCCGGGCCUAUUAUCCAAGAAAAGGCUGAUCAGCUGGCACUGCAACUCAGAAUUGACGAUUUCCAUUGCAGCAACGGAUGGCUUCAACGCUUCAAAGAUAGGCAUAAUUUGGCCACAAAAUCCAUUUGUGGCGAAUCUGCAGCUGUCGACCAAACAGCAACGAGUGACUGGCUUCAGUCAGUACAGUCCAUCGUAAGUAAAUUUGCACCACAAGAUGUGUUUAAUAUGGAUGAAACAGGGCUUUUUUACAAUCUGUUGCCCAAUAAAACUCUAACCGUAAAAGGUGAAAACUGCCAUGGCGGUAAACACAGUAAAGUUCGUCUUACAGUUUUACUAUGUUGUAAUCAAGAUGGCAGUACUAAACUUCGACCCUUGGUUAUUGGCAAGUCUGCCAAGCCAAGAUGUUUCAAAGAUGUUGCAGCAAAAAACCUGCCAGUAGAUUACGAGGCAAACAGUAAGGCUUGGGUCACCACAAAAAUUUUCCAGUUGUGGUUGUUAAAAUUGGACAGGAAAAUGGCGACUCUAAAUCGCAAAAUUUUGUUAUUGUUGGACAACUGUGCUGCACAUACUGCUCAUGGUAUGAAGUUGGAAAACAUUACCUUACUCUUCUUGCUACCAAAUACAAGUGUGACACAACCACUCGACCAAGGUAUAAUACAGUGCUUGAAAAGAAACUACAGACAGCGCUUGGUGAAAUACCUUAUCAGGCAGUGUGAAAAAGGAAAGACUGAGCUUCCUAGAUGGUCAGUUUUGGAUGCUAUCCGCAGUAUAGCCAUGUCGUGGGACAGCAUCAGCCAAAAGACAAUUGUGCAUUGCUUUGCAAAAAGUGGUUUUGGCCAGCAAACUGUUGAAGAACCUGACUGUGAUCAACCUUUAGAGGAUUGGCAAGAGUUAAAAGAACAUGUGCAAGUUGAUAAUGACUUCAAUGAGUUUGUUCAUAUUGAUGACAGUGUGUACACCAGUGCAAGAUUAACUGCAGAAGAUCUUGUUGGUUCACGAGGAUUACAGGAAACACCAACGGCUGACGCUGUACAGUCACUUUGUGAGGGUGGUACAAGUCAGGAUAAUGAUGGUGAUGACGACAAUGGUGAGGUAGUGCAUAAACUUCCAAGCAAAAGUGACACAAUCAGUGCUUUGCGUACACUGGAAAAUGUACUUGCUGCAAGUGAUGUGCCAAUUGACUUGAUUGCAGGAUUUGAGAAGAUAUGUUCUGCUGUAAAUGAUAUUUACAGAGAUAAGUGUGUCCAGAAAAAAAUUAAUGAUUUUUUUAAACCUAUGUAAAUAUAUCUUGCAUACUUUGCAUAAGAAUUGCUAUACACUCAACAGCAAUUAACUGUACGGUAAAUGUUAAUCAUUUUUGUCAAAACUUUGGAAGCAAAUUAAAUAAGAAUACAUACAUACGUAUAUGUAUACUAAUUAUCAGUCUGUUAUAGUAUAUUUUAUUAAAACUAUUAAAAUUGCUUCUAAGUGUAUUUUGUUAGUGUGCAUGUCAAUAUCUGGCUUCUAUUACAAUAAUAAUAUUCCACAUUUUUAGUGCUCUGACAUGUAGGAAUUCAAUAUUUCUUAUCGAGUUCUUAUUCUACCUAUUGGCUCAAGAACCUCAUUAAUAUGAACCUCGUUAUUACAAACUGAAAUAUUUUACUCCCCUUCAGGUUUGUAUUAAUGAGGUUUCACUGUAUCCAUGAAUUGUUAUUGUUUGUGUUUCUCAAUAAUAUGUUUAAUGUGUAAGGGUUAAUGGAAAAGAUGCUUCAUUUUGUAACUCUCAGUUUUAGUUAUCCUUAAAUGAAAAAAUAUAUAGAUUAAAACUGGGUUUUGCAUAUGAAGAAUCAAGUACUUAAGGGUAUGUUUGAAUAGUAAUAAAAAAAUCUGAUAUGUUAGUUACCUGCAACUAAUAUGUCCCUACUAAUGUUUUAAAUUUUAGCUAACUCAGGUGUCAACAACACCUACAGUUGACAUUUCUGUACACCUAAAACUAAAGGAUAUUAAUUAUAAUCUGCCAUAUUAGGCACAGUAACUUACAAGUAUGUUUCAGCUUAAAACUAACAAAACUAAAAGUAUAAAAAAAUUUGAGAUUAAAGUAUUAGAAAUCAAUAAUUAAAACUUUACAGGUAUCACAAGUAUCUACAUUUUAGUUUUGUGUAGAAAAUAUCAACCAGUUUACGAAUAAAACACAACUUAACUGUUGACAGCGACGGGUUAUUAUGGCAUAUGGACGACAUGUGUGUGAAUAUGCAUGUAGUACCUCUAGUCAAGACCCAAAGCCCAUUCUCCCACACAGCUGCAACAACUGACUUGACGAAGCUGCAUUUUCCUCGGCAGUGAGCAGAGAAAUACUAUGAAUAUUUAUGUUUUAAGAAAACAUUCUGAACUUUCAGCUCUAACCCAUAAAAUUGUGUGUUGCAUUUCACACAUUCUUCAUAUUUAUAUUUCAGCAAGGAAUGGUACAGAACAAGUGUACAUUUACUGUGGAACCUCAUUAUGAAGAUAACCAGUGAACUAUGAAAUGCCUUAACCUUUGAAUAUAUCAUAUUUAGUACUUAAAAUCUCAUAUCCUUACAAAAGAAUGAAUGCCUAUGAGAUAGUAUGUGUUGAUAAUAUGUUAGAACUUUAAAGUGAAAAUAAAUUAUCUUGAGUCAUUUGCUUAGUUAUUUUGUUGUACCACAACAAUAAAGCAAGUGUUAAUUUAUUAACAUUUUUACUUAUUGCUAUGUUUAAUAUAGAUUGCCGAAAUAAAUUGUAGCAAAUGUGUUAUUUGUAAAAUUUUAAUAAUUUUGCUAUAUUAAAUAGCUUGUAGGAAAAAAUUUAAAUAAACUGUAAACCAUAUUGUAAAAGAUUGAUUUUUUGUAUAUAUUUACAAAUAAAAAAUAUUAAAGCAAA